AUGGACAGCUCUCAAAAGGAAGCUAAUAGAAUAGUGUCGCACACACACAGCAAACACGAGGAAAAUAAGACAGAGCAAGCGAGAACCAGAACUCAAGCAAAUUCUGAGACAAAUCCCGAGAGACGAAAAGCGCUUGUUUGUUUCAAUUGUGGUUCCAAGGACACAAAUCAGCAGCAUGUCCUAGCAAAGAUAAGGGAGUAA